UGGCCGGCAGCGCGAGAAGAUGGCGGCGCCCACAACCGGGGGGCCCGGCGGCGGUGCGGGCGACAAGAUGGCGGCGCCCAUAGGCGAGAGACCCCGCGGCGGCGCCGGCAACAAGAUGGCGGCGCCCACCACCGGGGGGCCCGGCGGCGGUGCCUACAACAAGAUGGCGGCGCCCCCCUCCCGCUGAGGCGCGGCCCUUAGCAAGCAUGGCGCUGCUGCUGCUGCUGCGCGGCCUGCGCCUGGCCGUCGACGUGCUGCUGCUGCUGCUCGACCUCAACUUCUUCCUCGUCUCCUCGCUGCUCGCCGCGCUGCUCUGGCUACUGGCCGCCGUCGCCAGCUUGCCCGCAGCCUGCUGGCACGGGCUGCUGUGGGCGGCGGGCGGCUUGGCCCAGGCGGCCGUGGGGGUGCUGAGGGGGUGCUGGGCAGCCAUGGAGGGGGCGAAGGCGCUGGGGCAGCUCCUGGCGCUGCGGGGCAGGGAGGCGCUGAGGCAGGGCGUCGUGGGGCUGCUGGGCUCGGGGCAGGCGGCGCUGAGGCAGGCGUGCGAGGGGGCGGCCAUCGCGGGGAGCCUGCUGGCGUACCUGGUCAACAGCGCGGUGAACAUGGGGCUGCUGGGCGCGCAGAGCCUCGUCGCCCUGCUGCUGGCCCUCUGGGACGCCGUCGUCAGCCCCGCGCUGCGCCUCGCCGAGCUGCUGGCCGCCUGCCUGGCGCACGUCUCCAGCAGCGCCAUCGCGCUCUCCAUCCUGCUCUGGUCGCCCUGCCAGCUGGCCUGCGAGAUGCUGGCCUCCUUCGCCGAGCUGCUGGUCGGGGUGUUUUUCGUCAACAUUUACGGCUUGGGGCUGCUCCUCGCUAUCAUCGGCGUCGGCGCCGUCGUCUUCAACCCCGGGGUGCUGUGGGUGCUGACGGGCUACUUCCACGCGCUGCCCGCCUACCGCCGCCUGCAGCGGGAGGCGUGGAGGCUCUACCAGGUGGCGGUGCUGAUGCUGGGCAUGGCCCUCACCUCCCAGGCCUGGCGCAGGGUGGUGGACUGGAGCCUGCAGGUCACCAACUGGAGCCGAGGAGGGAGAACGACGAACCGGGACAGCGAGCGGCGAGGGGCGGCCGUGCCCCCGCCGAGACCGGUGGCGCUGGGCAGGUUGAUGCUGGCCGUGGCCGGGCAAGAGGAGCAGCCGGACAUGGAGCAGGUCCCACAAGCACGCCCGGCUUUGGGUCGAAGCUCUGCGGCAGGGCAGCGUCUCCAGCCACCCAGAGAGGAGCCCAGCACCUCCCGGGGGAAAGCUCCGAGGAGAGAGCAGCUGAACGUGGCAGCUGGGGACGGCGCUCCGGACGACGACCCCUGGAUGCUCCUGAAAGAACAAGAGGAACGUAAGAAAUGCGUCAUCUGUCAAGACCAAACAAAGACGGUGCUGCUCCUGCCCUGCAGGCACCUGUGCCUGUGCCAGGAGUGCACAGAAGUCCUCCUGCAGCAGGCCAUCUACCAGCGCAACUGCCCGCUGUGCCGCCAGAUGAUCCUCCAGACACUCAACGUGUACUUGUGAACACCAGGGGAGGGUGGUGUGGGUUGUUUUCCCAGGAGGUCAAGGGCGCCCCGGCUCUGCCUCUUGCCCAGACGCAGGAGGGCUCUUCCCAGGGCUGCCCCGAGCAGUUUCCAAAGAACUAAGGGGGUGUUGAAAAGCAGGAGGCUGUCAGGGGCGUCUGUCAGCCACGUUUAGUACAUGACUAGGUUGUAGCUCUUGCUAGCAAGCGCACUAGGUGAUCUCUGCAGCAAGCUGAGAGAGGUUUUUGUUGUUGUUGACAACUUUUGCUGUUUCAGGGCCUGUUGCCUGAGCCUGCAGCGGUCCAAGAUCCAGAGGAGAGCACAAAAAGGUGCUCUGGUCCCUCCUAGCCAAAACUAGAUGGAAAGGGUAAAGGCUCAGCCCUCCUGGGAAUCACUGCGACUAGUGCAAGGCAAGGGAUUUUUGUUUUUCUUUUUUUUCUAUUGAGAUUUGGCCAAAAAACUACCUGGCAGACUGCAUUUACAGCUGUUUCUUCCUUCUGCCACUAAAGCGUGGCAGCUCCCAGCGCAGGGAACAACGUGCCCCUUGUGCAAGGCUCUAGGCAAGCACGCUCCAGCUUUCCUGGCUAGAUAACACACCUUCCUCCGGGCUCCCUGCGCCCAGAGCUGGGUGUGCUUGCCUCUUCCCAGGGGGUGACUUUGGGAGGGAAGGGGGCUCCCAGAUCCUCUGUAAGCCCCCUGAGACAUUCCAGCACCAGGCACAAGCGCUGCGGACCUACAGCCCCGUGCGCGGAGCGGUACCAGGACCACAGCUAGAUCUGAUUAGGGCGGGUUACGCUUCUGUUUCUGUCUUGCUGCCUGUCUGAAAUGUGAAACGCAGGUUGUUUUGUUACAAAGGGGCCCGCGAAGUCUCACGGGGCCAUCCGCACCUCGCUGGGGAGGGCUGAGGUGCCUCAUCCCAGCUCGGCCAGCCAGCACCCUUCCAAGGAAUUGCUGGGCUGCAAGAGAGCCUCGCGCCGAAAAGCUUUUCCUUUUCCAGCUGCUUGCCUGGGGUCAGCCGUGCGCCAGAGCCGAUUUUGGCUGGAGCCAGAUUGGAAGGAGCCUCCACUCCUUGACUGCGAGCCAGGAGCCUGAGGGCGGCUGGCGUGGUCUGCUCCAUCCUCCUGCUAACAAAUAAUCGAUCGGCAAUUUUAGCCAAAACAGAGGCAGCGGAGGGGCCGGGCUGGGAGACGCCUCUGCACUGCAAACCUGAGCUGUGGCGGGAUGCAGUCGUGCCUGAGAGCAGCUCCGGGAGGCACUGCGGGGCUGUUUGGGUUUGCUGGGGGGCUCCCUGGGCACAUCCACCUCGUUUUGGGGGGCUGCAGAGCUCCCUGCCCGAGCCCUCCCCAGACACACAGCGCCCUGCAGGCGUUCACCACCCCCAGCAGCUCCCAGCCCCUUCCCUGCGCAGCUCCGGAGGCACAGGAGUGCUGACCACGCUCCCAGCAGCAGCACAACUUCGGGGCCAGCCGAUGGAUCUCGGGGUGCAACAUUUCCUACAAUGUUCAGGGAAGGACGGACACCUUCCCAGGACUGCAGUUUCUCCCUGCAAACUUUAUUUUUUAUUAUUAUUAUAGCAGUCACGCUUGUUAUUUUCGGGCCUGUUUGUUUGCUGCCUGUUUGUAAGAAGAGAGAAAGCUUUGCCUUAAGUUUAACUGUUUGCACUACGAGCUAGGUACUGAGUGGAUUAAAGUCUCCUUUACCAAAA